UCCUCGUUAAAGUGAAGUAAAAACUACCAAUUAAAUGGAGCGGACUUGUUGACGCAAAUAACAACUACAUAAAUCUACCACUCGUUAACGCCGAGCAGGUUCUUCGUCGAGUCCAUGGGAAUCGUCAUUGUAUUUGCUGAAAAAAUAAUAGGUAUACAGCUUAUGAUCAAGACUGCCAAACAAAGACUGAACCACUGAUGCAAGGGGUAAUAUACCUUGACGUUAAGUACGGACAGCAUCAAUGGGAAACUGUCUCUCGUGUUUCAAGGUGCCAUCCCCACCGUCUGCACACAAUCAACAAAUUUCUUCGGAGCACAAAGACGAGACUAUGGAACUUGGGGAUCUUUUUCCACCAACAGGUUGCCUUCAGACAAGCCCUUUGACAGCCAUAGAGACUCACACAAACGGCAACAGUAAAUCUGGCUUGGGCGUCUUGUCAACAUUUAACAAAGUUGGUUCAGAUAACUGCGGAUCGCUCCCCAUGACUCAUAAUAAUACGCGAACAUCCAGGGGAAUUUAUGCAAGAAUUCCACCUCUCGACAGACCUAAACCGAGUUUAGGACUCAAUUUAACUGUAGAUUGUAAACAGCAGAAAGAUUCUUCUGAAAGCAAGUUGAAUGCUCUCUUUGAUAUGUACAAGGAUCCACACGAAGAUAUUAUUUUGGCCGACGGCAUAGAAAGACUCUGUGAAGACCUACAGCUCUCUCCCGAUGAAUUCAAAGUGCUAGUUUUGGCAUGGAAAUUAAAUGCUGAGCAAAUGUGUCAAUUUGCCCGUCAGGAAUUUAUCACUGGUCUUAAAGGAAUGCACGUCGAUAGUAUACGCGGUAUUCAGACUCGUUUACCCGAAAUCGUACAAGAAUUGACGGAGGAUGGAGAAUUAUUCAAAGAUUUGUAUCGAUUCACGUUCAGAUUUGGCUUGGAUGUUGGAUCUGGCCAGAGAAUUUUACCGGCUGACAUGGCACUUGUUUUGUGGCGGCUUGUGUUCACUAUUCGCGAACCACCACUGCUCGUCAGGUGGUUGAAGUUUCUUGAAUGUCACCAACAUGUACGUGGUAUUCCAAGAGAUACCUGGAAUAUGUUUCUUAAUUUUGCUGAAAGUAUUGGCGAUGAUCUCAGUGCUUACGACGAUACUGAAGCUUGGCCAAGUUUGAUUGAUGAUUUUGUUGAGUACGAAAAUGAUCAGAUGAACCAGAACAUUACCAAGGAUGAUAUUAUAAUGAAAGAUAAUGUUGAUAAGGAGUAGAUGUAGUGAUAUUGCGAAAUAAUAAGAAAUUGAGAAGAUGCAAUUUUAUAUAUAUAUAUAUAUAUAUAUAUAAUUUUCAAGCAGGAUAUUCCUACGACUUAAACUACCAUCAAAAAAGGAAGGAAAAUAAAACUAACGAAUUGGGCUUCUGUAAAGUUGAUCCUAAAUUAUUGACCAAAAUGUUUUUAUCAGAAUCAGAUUUAUUUGAGCCUGUGCUGUAUUUUCAGGUAUAGAUUAACGAUGAGAAGAAAUAUUCUCGCUAGUUUGAUGGUAUGUUCACAAAUAUUUCAGGGAAAAUCCUGUUCAGAACUGUCUGACAGUCGUUUGAAACGAUCGUUUUAACACGCGGGACUUAGCACAUAUGUUAUAUCUAAAUUAAUAUUACGGUCCCAACUUGUGAUACAUACAUUACUAAUAAUAUUCGUCUUUUAGAUAUUAAGUAAAAUUUAGGUAACGAAACAAACGAACUAGUAACGCAAGGUAUUUUAUAUACAAAGACUCGCAAAACUAGCCAAUCGAGUACAUAUUCAUUGAUGUAUGUAUUUAAUUCUAUAGAAAUAACGAUUAUAUAUAUAAUUAGUUAUAUAUGAAUAAUGCAGAGGUGACAAUUUUUUCAUUGUCCAAGUAAUGAAAGACAAAGUAUUUCAUUCAGUCAAUUUUUAAACUUCAUUCAAAUUCUUUUUCAACCCAGUUGAGGCUUUUUCCUUAGCCAUUCAUGCGUGCUUAUUUUUUCAGAGUAUCAUUUUAACUAAUUUAUUUAUACAAAUUGUAAAUAGAAAUUCGCAGCAUCAUGGAUGUAGAUUUCCUCCUUAAAUUGGUUCGUAAGUUACAUACAGGGUGACCCAGGACUAUCGCCUGCUACCAAUGUGUUCCUCGUGAAAAUCUGUGACUGAAACUUUUUUUAUUUUUGAUAGAAAAUUUGCCGUUUCCGAAAUUAUAGCCGUUCGAAAUUGGCAAAUCCAGUAGCAUCUGAUGGUUCAGAACAGGUGCCGAGUACGUGACCGUCAAAUGUCUAUUCGCUAGCCCUGAUCUCGUUGUGUUCUAAGCCAUCAGAUGCUACUGAAUUGGUUAAUUUGACAGGGCUGUCAUUUGCAAAUGACAAGUUUCCCAUGAGGAAUGAAAAAUGAAAAACCAUAGAUUUUCAUAAAGAAUACAUUGGCAGUCUAUGAGGCGAUAGUACUGAGUCGGCCUAUAUAAUAUCUUGGUAAAAUAUAAAUCAGUUGCCUAAAUAAUCCGGACAGUUAUGGUGUAGGGUUAAUUUCAACGUUUUCCUUUGUCACAACUUAAUAAGUAUGUAACAUUCAAAUGCAUUUUGACAAUCUACUGAAAACAAAAUUGCAUUAGGCUUUGGAACAGAUAUCGUUAAACCGUUGCACAACUUCAACUACUAGUUAUGUUGAUAUACUUAAUUUUCAUCACCUUGUGUGUAGUACUCGUGCAUUACAUUUCUCCGGACUGUAGGUCAUAUUAUUUACCAGAACCUCAAUCAGUACGAUCAAUUUUCCAGUUAUGUUGUAUACAUUGUUAAAAAAUUCGUCAUCAUCAUUUACCAGAAAUGAAUGACAGUUCACUUGACGUAAUUUCUAUAUUAGUUCUCGUGACAACAAAGAAUUACUUUGGUGAAAAAUAAUAUUUAUAACCAUCAACAAAUGAUAUAAACAUAUACAAUACUAUAUCAUGGUUUUUAUGGAAAGGAAUAGUUUCGUCAAAUGAUAGUUAUUUUUCGAAAAUAUUUCCUUUGCCCCGGAAGGAUUGUAUUUUUAUAAAAACACUUUGAAAUCAACUUUUCAAAAUUACAAAAAUUUUAAUAGAAAAAUCAAUUUGCUGUACUAACAUUUGUGGCCUUCUAAAAGAGCAUACACUGAAAAUUGCAGUGAAUAUAUAUCUCGGCAUAGUGAAUAUUUCGUUCGUUUCUAGCGUGGCUCUGUUUAUUCAGAAUUGAAUAACUAUAAACUGGACAAAAAAUCCCAGCAGUAAUCUAAUGUACUCAGUUUACGGAAAGUGCCAACCAGAUAAAAGAUUAAAAUAAAAUUAAUCAAGUAACUUAGUAAGAUUAUAAUAAGUAACAAGACGUGUGCUUACUAUUAAUGUAUAUGUAUAUCUAUUUACAAACUUUUGUAUAUAAACUACUCCUACUAUCACUACUAAUUCAUCAUAAUCUCUCGUUCAGACAGAUUAGUCACUAACUGUAACGAUUCAUGUAGAUUUCAUUUCAAGCGUUAUAACCGACAACAUUUUAAGCCUGCAUUCCAAUAAAAGGUUUCACUGCUAUGAUAACGAGAUAUUUGUUCAAAUGUUAGCAAGUAUGUUAACUUGUACUUUAAAUCAUUGUAUUCACAUAAAAUCUAGCUAAGCAUUUAGUCUGUUUCAAUACAUGUAACAUAACAGAUUCAAUCUACUUCUAGUGCGACAUACUUAGCGUGAAAUUCACUCGAGAUUUUGCAAGUGAUAAUAGUUUACGUAACUAAAUAUGCAUUAUCCAAAAAUAAUCACUGGGUUUUGGUCACUUGGUAGAUGAAGUGCUUUACGAGAAAAUCACCCUGAAAAGCAGCGGGUUUAUUUUCCAUUCAAAGUCGUACAGGAUCUCAAAGGUUUGUAAUCAAUUGCAAACAAGUGAUUUUUUUCAAUACAAAAGCCAAUCUCCAUCACUGAAUUGUUGAAUAAGUUUUCAAGUGUACUUUAUUAUGUGUUAUUAUUCAUAGCUGAAUCGAAUUUUCUUAUUCAUCUUUUUAUUGACUGAGUGUGAUUGUCAAACGUAAAACUGAAGAAAUCAUGAUAUCAUUUACAUUAAAUGAUAUUAUUUCUAACUCACAUUUGGUAGAGGUGUUAGUGAUAUACGAAAUAGUACGCACAGUAUAAUUAUUCGUCAGAUCACAGUACAAAGGUUUGAUUUUAAUUUUGAAGCACAUACUUAUUUUAUUUGGUGCACUUUAACGAGUUCUGCAUUGAGGAGUUUUUUUGUUGUUGAAAAUUAGAAAACAAUAUACCGAAUUUCAGAGGAAAUCUUAUUAGCUGUAUUUAUCACGAAUGGAAUGCUUGCUAAAUUAUUUUAUUCGGAAAUGUACAUGUAUUAUAAAAACACGCAAAUACUGUGAAAGGAAGAAAUGUUGAUCACGUUGCGGUUGGGUGAUAAAAUGAGAUAGUUGCAACUGUGUAAAAAGACUAGAAGAAUUUCGUCCAAUCGAUGUCAACUAUCGAUUAGUCACCAGUAACAGAGAUCGUCUUUCAAUAUACGGUCAAACUACUUUUUACAAUCUAUCGACGCUUCGUGUACUCAAUUUUUUAAUAAAAACAGUAAUGUUUAAGUA